AUGGAGGUAUACCCUGAAGAAAUAACUGUAGUCUUCUUCUACAACGUAUUUUCAGUGCUAAUCGCAGGACCAGUAUGUUUAUUUGCGGAAAGCAACUUGACUUCUUGGGUGCUUAAACCUGAUAUUUCACUCGCUGCUAUCAUAUACUCGGGAGCCUUUGUUUCAAUAUUUAGUGCACUUAUCCACACAUGGGGUCUGCAUCUGAAAGGUCCGGUGUACAUAUCUUUGUUUAGGCCAUUGUCGAUUGCCAUUGCAGUUGCCAUGGGUGCUAUAUUCCUAGGCGAUGCGCUUCACCUUGGGAGUCUAGAAAUGGCAAGAGGAGCAGAAGAAGAGACAGUGGCAUGGAGAUACUUUUACAGAGAUGUUGUGCCAUUUGCUGCGAUGGUCUUAGUGGAGUGUGUCACGGUUGGAUCUAACACACUGUUCAAGGCUGCAACCUUGAGAGGAUUGAGCUUCUAUGUCUUUGUCUUCUACACUUAUGUUGUUGGUACACUUGUCCUUCUUCCUCUUUCCCUCAUCUUUAAAAGGUCAACAAGAUUACCGCCAGCCAAAUUUCCUCUCUUCUUCAAGAUUUUCUUACUUGCGUUUCUGGGGUUCGUGGUGGGGAUGAUUGGUGCUAAAGGAAUAGAAUAUAGUUCUCCUACUCUUUCCUCUGCUAUCAGCAACCUCACACCAGCUUUCACCUUCACGCUUGCCGUUAUCUUCAGGAUGGAACAAAUAGUGUUAAGGAGCUCUUCGACUCAGGCUAAAAUCAUUGGCACAUUAGUAUCUAUAUCUGGUGCUCUGGUUGUUGUUCUCUAUAAAGGCCCAAAAGUUCUCGCUGCUGCAUCUCUUACAUCUUCAUCAUCUACCAUUCCUCUUUACCAGCACUUGACUUCGUUCGAUGCAAGCUGGAUUAUCGGAGGGCUUUUGCUCGCUAUACAGUAUUUUCUUAUUUCAGUCUGGUUUAUUCUUCAGACUCAGGUCAUGGAGGUAUACCCUGAAGAACUAACUGUAGUAUUCUUGUACAACGUAUGCGGAACACUAAUCUCAGCACCAGUAUGUCUAUAUUUGGAAAAAGACUUGACUUCUUUUCUUCUCAAACCUGAUAUCUCCCUUGCUGCAGUCUUGUACUCGGGAGGCUUACUUUCAUCAUUUGGCUUAGCUAUACAUUCAUGGGGUCUGCAUCUGAAGGGUCCAGUCUACAUAUCCUUGUUCAAGCCAUUGUCUAUUGUCAUUGCAGUCGCUAUGGGUGCUAUGUUCCUCGGCGAUGCACUUUACCUUGGGAGUGUCAUCGGAUCAGUGAUUUUGAGCUUAGGAUUCUACACUGUGAUUUGGGGCAAAGCAAGAGAGGACUCAACCAAAACUAUGGCUGGUUCUGAGCAUUCACCUUUGUUGGUUACACAGUCACAAACCAUAGAAGAUGAAGCCUCAUCAUUAAGAUAUGACUGA